AUGACGCAAAAGAGGAACAUUAGUUACUUGAAGAAAAACUCUUUUGGUCGAUCUGAUUUUCCGGAGGGUUUCCUCUUUGGGACAGCCUCAUCGGCUUACCAAUAUGAAGGAGCCAUCAACGAAGCUCCUCGUGGAGAGAGUGUCUGGGACACAUUUGUUCGCAAAUAUCCAGAGAGAAAUUGCUACUCUAACGCGGACCAAUCAGUCGAGUUCUAUAAUCACUACAAGGAAGAUAUCCAGAGAAUGAAAGAUAUUAACAUGGAUGCUUUCAGAUUCUCUAUCUCUUGGCCUCGGAUUUUGCCUCUUGGAAAGAAAAGCAAAGGAGUAAACAAAGAAGGAAUCAAAUUCUACAACGAUCUCAUUGAUGAGCUCCUAGCUAACGGAAUCACACCUCUUGCCACUUUAUUUCACUGGGAUACUCCUCAAGCCCUUGAAGAUGAAUACAACGGAUUUCUAAGCGAAGAAGCUGUUAACGACUUCAAAGACUUCGCGGCCAUAUGUUUCGAAGAGUUUGGCGACCGUGUGAAAUUGUGGGUCACACUAAACGAGCCAUGGGUCUAUAGUAUUGGUGGUUAUGACACGGGAAGGAAAGCGCCCGGACGUGCCUCAAAAUACAUGAAUGAAGCAGCCAUGGCUGGAGAAUCUGGCCUCGAGGUUUAUACCGUUAGCCACAAUCUACUUUUGGCUCACGCGGAAGCCGUUGAAGUCUUUAGGAACAAUCCCAAAUGUAAAGAUGGCAAGAUCGGUAUCGCCCAUUGUCCCGUAUGGUUCGAGCCAUAUGACUCAAACUGCCCUGAUGAUAAAGAAGCAUGCGAACGAGCCAUGGAAUUCAUGUUCGGAUGGCAUAUGGAUCCUACGGUGUACGGAGACUACCCUGAAGUCAUGAAAAAAUCAAUCGGAAAAAGAUUACCCUCAUUUACCGCAGUACAAUCCAAUAAGCUAAGAGGAUCUUUUGACUUCGUGGGAGUAAAUUAUUACAGUGCUUUCUACGUAAAAAGUAUUGCUGAAGUUGACCAUAACACACCCAAUUGGAGAUCAGAUGCACGUGUCGAAUGGAGAAAACAAAACAAAGCAGGACAAACAUUGGGUGUAAGAGGUGGUUCAGAAUGGGACUUUCUAUACCCACAAGGACUUCGAAAAUUUCUAAGUUAUGCCAAGAAUAAAUACGAAAGCCCGAAAUUCAUAAUCACUGAAAACGGACAUUGUGAUAUAGAUUACGAGAAAAAACCGAAACUUUCUAAUUUGAUGGAUCUCCAAAGAACAGAAUACCACAAGAAACAUCUCCAAAGCAUUCAACAAGCCAUCAAGGAGGAUGGGGUUGAAGUUGAAGGAUACUUUGCGUGGUCGUUACUUGACAAUUGCGAAUGGAACGCAGGUUAUGGAGUCCGAUACGGCCUGUUCUACGUCGAUUACAACAAUGGACUAAAACGUUUUCCAAAAAUGUCUGCAAUGUGGUUCAAAGAGUUCUUGAAGAGAGAAGAAGAGAUUGAAGAUUCUGAGGAAGAAGAAUACUUGUUGAAGUCUGCAAUGAAGAAGAAGAGAUUCUUAUUAGCAACUGUUUCCGCCAAGAACCACUCUUCAAGACCUAAACUAAGAAGAAAUGAUUUCCCACAAGAUUUCAUUUUCGGAUCUGCAACUUCUGCUUAUCAGUGUGAAGGUGCUGCCCAUGAAGAUGGUAGAGGUCCAAGUAUAUGGGACACCUACUCUGAAAAUUUCCCAGAGAAGAUAUUGGAUGGUAGUAAUGGGUCCAUUGCAGAUGAUUCUUACAAUCUUUACAAGGAAGAUGUGAAUUUACUGCAUCAAAUUGGCUUCAGUGCUUACCGAUUCUCGAUCUCAUGGUCACGGAUUUUGCCUCGUGGGAAUCUAAAGGGAGGAAUCAACCAAGCUGGAAUUGACUAUUACAACAACUUGAUUAAUCAACUUUUGUUAAAAGGAGUGAAGCCAUAUGUCACACUCUUUCACUGGGAUCAACCACAAGCACUCGAAGAUGCUUACGGUGGCUUCCUCGGGGCCGAGAUUGUGAAUGAUUUUCGGGACUAUGCGGAACUUUGUUUCCAAGAGUUUGGAGAUAGAGUGAAUCAAUGGAUGACGCUAAAUGAGCCAUUAACAGUGGUACGCGAUGGUUAUUUAAAAGGCUCAAAGGCACCUGGGAGAUGUUCUAAUUUCACUAAACCUGAUUGCACUGGCGGUGAUGGAGCCACCGAGCCUUACCUUGUCGGCCAUAACUUACUCCUCGCUCAUGGAGCCGCGGUCAAAGUCUACAGAGAAAAGUACCAGGCUAAUCAGAAAGGUGAAAUUGGUAUCGCCCUAAACACAGAAUGGCACUACCCUUAUUCAGAGUCAUAUGCUGACCGGUCAGCCGCGGCUCGGGCCACAGCCUUCACCUUGGACUACUUCAUGGAGCCGCUCGUCAAUGGCAAAUACCCAAUUGAGAUGGUCAACCACGUGAAAGGCGGUCGUCUUCCUACAUUCACACCAGAGGAGUCCUCAAUGCUCAAAGGAUCAUACGAUUUCAUAGGCAUAAACUAUUACUCAUCUGCUUACGCAAAAGACGUGCCUUGUGCAACUGAAAACAUCACCAUGGGCACUGAUUCUUGCGUCGGUAUCGUAGGUGAGCGAAAUGGAGUGCCUAUCGGUCCAACGGCUGCGUCGGAUUGGCUCUUGAUUUACCCAAAGGGUAUUCGUGAUCUCCUACUAUAUGCAAAAAACAAAUUCAAUAAUCCCGCCUUGUACGUUACAGAGAACGGAGUUGAUGAAGCAAGUAUUGGAGAAAUAUUUCUUAACGACGAUUUGAGAAUCGAUUACUACGCCCAUCAUCUUAAGAUGGUUCGUGAUGCGAUCUCGAUGGGGGUGAAUGUGAAAGGAUAUUUCGCAUGGUCUUUGAUGGAUAAUUAUGAAUGGUCGGAAGGAUACACGGUCCGAUUCGGGCUAGUGUUUGUGGACUUUGAAGAUGGAGGUAAGAGGUAUCCAAAGAAAUCAGCUAAGUGGUUUAGGAAAUUGUUGAAGGGAGAAUAUAAUGGGACGAAGCAGCAGGUGGCUGCUAUUUAA